AUGUCUGACAAACCAGAUAUGGCUGAGAUUGAGAAAUUUGAUAAGACCAAGCUGAAGAAGACAGAAACACAAGAGAGAAAAAAAACCCUACCUUCUAAAGAAACAAUUGAACAAGAGAAACAAGCGUCUGAUUCCUAA